AACGAAUAAAAAACACCAAAAUAAAAGUGAAGCCAUCAACAAAACAGUGUUUUCCCUCAAAACUAAUUUAAAGCUGUUAUCAAAUCCUGUCCACGCACGAUUAAUUGCGCGGAAUUUCCACCGAUAAGUUCCACGGAGUUCCGCCGCCGCCACCACCUCCACGAUGGACCAGCUGGCAAUGAGUCCGGGCUUUUCGAUCCCCUCGAUCGGAACGCCGCUGCACCAGCCCGAGGAGGACCAGCAGAUUAUGCCGCACGCGUACAACCAGCAAACCCCCAGCGGCAUGACCCCGAUGGGCGGCGGCCUUAGCGCGUACGGAAUGCCCUCGAUCGGCAUGGGAACACCGAACAAGCACACGUACGCGCCCAGCUUCGCCGCACCGCAGAGCCUGAUCCAGCCGCAGACCCCGCAAAGCCUCAUGUCGCCGAUGGUGCCGAUGCAGGAGACGAAGGCUUCGGCCACUCCGAGCUACCAGCAGCAGAACAGUACGGGUGGGGGGAGUGUGCGCGAUCCGGACAACAUCGGCAGCGUCAACAUCCACUCGACGAUGGGCCCGGCCACGCCGAUGACUCCGAUGACCCCGAGCGAACCGGCCAUCCUGCCCCAGCUGCAGAACAUCGUGUCGACGGUGAACCUGAGCUGUCGGUUGGACCUGAAGAAAAUUGCCCUGCACGCCCGUAACGCCGAGUACAACCCGAAACGGUUCGCCGCGGUCAUUAUGCGCAUCCGGGAACCGCGGACGACGGCGUUGAUCUUUUCGUCGGGGAAGAUGGUGUGCACGGGAGCGAAAAGCGAGGAGGAUUCGCGACUUGCGGCGCGGAAGUACGCCCGGAUCAUUCAGAAGCUUGGGUUUACGGCGAAGUUCCUUGACUUUAAGGUGCAAAAUAUGGUGGGGAGCUGCGACGUGCGGUUCCCGAUUCGGUUGGAGGGGUUGGUGCUGACGCACGGCAAGUUCAGCUCGUACGAGCCGGAACUGUUCCCGGGGCUGAUCUACCGUAUGGUGAAGCCCCGCAUCGUGCUGCUGAUCUUCGUGUCCGGCAAGGUGGUGCUGACGGGGGCCAAGGUGCGGCAGGAGAUUUACGACGCGUUCGAUAACAUUUACCCGAUUCUUAAAAGUUUCAAAAAGCAGUAGAGUUUUGCAUUUUGUUUUAGGUUCUUUUUUUCUGUUGCGCGGAAUAAUGUGAAAUAAUUUAAAGUCGAAUAUUUGUUCAAAGAUUGAUAAAUAACAAACUAAAAACGUUUUGAUGAAAAAUUCAGACAGUUUCAAUCUUCAACAAAGAAAGUUCGAACACGUGGUUCGAGCACGAAUAGUGUGUAAGAAAUAACUUAAUAAAGGAUUAAUAUUGGUAGUCAUUUCCAAA